GACACGGACGGCAAGCUGGACGACUGCAGUGCAGACCCGGUGGCUUGUGUACCUGGUCCGACUCAAAUACAUGUAGAUCAAAUAUGGUGUGAAGUAUGUGGCGCUCAAGAGCGCAUUGUUACAUUGACGUUGCCGAGCCUCACCGUCAAGUUGCGGCUCCCG